UAGGCGGGCGAACUCAGCUGAGAACCCGAGAGUGACGUGCACCGGGCCGGGAAGAAGAAUCGAGGUUCGGCUCGGGCGGGGACGAGAAGCAGCGCUCGGGCGAGCGAAGACGGCGGCCGGCGCGGGCGGGCGCGGCCUUUGUCUCCUCCUCCCGCGCGCUCGGCAGCGGCACCGGCCCCAUGAGCCCGCGGCCCCCCGGCGCCCGGGCCUUCCGUAGCCCCUGACCUGACCUGUCCUCGCCAUGGCCGAGGCCGCCUCCAGCGCCGGGGGCACAUCCCUGGAGGGCGAGCGUGGCAAGAGGCCCCCGCCGGAGGGCGAGCCUGCAGCCCCGGCGUCCGGAGUUCUGGAUAAGCUUUUCGGGAAGCGGCUCCUGCAAGCGGGUCGCUACCUGGUGUCCCACAAGGCUUGGAUGAAGACAGUGCCUACAGAGAACUGCGACGUGCUGAUGACCUUCCCAGACACGACCGAUGACCACACGCUGCUAUGGCUGCUGAACCACAUCCGCGUGGGCAUCCCCGAGCUCAUCGUGCAAGUCCGCCACCACCGCCACACGCGUGCCUACGCCUUCUUUGUCACCGCCACGUAUGAGAGCCUACUCCGAGGGGCCGACGAGCUGGGUCUGCGCAAGGCAGUGAAGGCCGAGUUUGGCGGGGGCACCCGCGGCUUCUCCUGCGAGGAGGACUUUAUCUAUGAGAAUGUGGAGAGCGAGCUGCGCUUCUUCACUUCCCAGGAACGCCAGAGCAUCAUCCGCUUCUGGCUGCAGAAUUUGCGUGCCAAGCAGGGAGAGGCGCUCCACAACGUGCGCUUCCUGGAGGACCAGCCAAUCAUCCCUGAGCUGGCAGCACGUGGGAUCAUCCAGCAAGUGUUCCCUGUCCAUGAGCAGCGUAUUCUGAACCGCCUCAUGAAGUCAUGGGUGCAGGCCGUGUGUGAAAACCAGCCUCUAGAUGACAUCUGUGAUUACUUUGGUGUGAAAAUUGCUAUGUACUUCGCCUGGCUGGGCUUCUACACGUCGGCUAUGGUAUACCCAGCCGUCUUCGGGUCUGUCCUGUAUACAUUCACAGAGGCUGAUCAGACAAGCCGAGAUGUUUCCUGCGUGGUCUUUGCCCUCUUCAAUGUGAUCUGGUCAACGCUGUUCCUAGAGGAGUGGAAGCGGAGAGGGGCUGAGCUGGCAUACAAGUGGGGGACGCUGGAUUCACCUGGGGAAGCUGUGGAGGAGCCACGCCCCCAGUUCAGGGGCGUGCGACGCAUCAGCCCCAUCACGCGGGCCGAGGAGUUCUACUACCCGCCCUGGAAGCGGCUGCUCUUCCAGCUGCUUGUGAGCCUCCCCCUGUGCCUGGCGUGCCUCCUCUGUGUCUUCUUGCUCAUGCUUGGCUGCUUCCAGCUGCAGGAGCUGGUGCUGAGCGUGAAGGGGUUGCCCCGUCUCGCCCGAUUCCUGCCUAAGGUCAUGCUGGCCCUGAUUGUCAGUGUGAGUGCCGAGGGCUACAAGAAGCUAGCCAUCUGGCUCAAUGACAUGGAAAAUUACCGGCUGGAGAGCGCCUAUGAGAAGCACCUCAUCAUCAAAGUUGUCCUGUUCCAGUUUGUCAACUCGUACCUGAGCCUCUUCUACAUCGGUUUCUACCUCAAGGACAUGGAGCGCUUGAAAGAGAUGCUGGCCACGCUGCUGAUCACCCGCCAGUUCCUCCAGAACGUGCGCGAGGUCCUGCAGCCGCACCUGUACCGGCGCCUGGGCCGCGGCGAGCUCGGCCUGCGGGCCGUCUGGGAACUGGCCCGAGCCCUGCUUGGCCUCCUGAGCCUCCGGCGCCCUGCGCCCCGCCGCCUAGAACCCCAGGCGGAUGAGGGCGGGGACGGCGGCAGCGGGGGCGGGGGCCGCAGGUGCCUCAGCGGGGGCUGCGGGGCACCGGAGGAGGAGGAGGAGGCGGCGCCGGUGGAGCGGCUGCGGGCGGGGGAAGGCGGGGAGGAGGGGGACGGGCCUCCAGGGGGCAAGGAGGAGGACGAGGACGACGACGAGGAGGAGGACGAGGAGGAAGAGGAGGACGAGGAGGAGGGCGAGGAAGGGGGCCUCCUGGACUGCGGGCUCCGGCUGAAGAAGGUCAGCUUCGCUGAGCGCGGCGCGGGGCGGCGUCGGCCCGGCCCAAGCCCGGAGGCCCUCCUGGAGGAGGGGAGCCCCACCAUGGUGGAGAAGGGGCUAGAGCCGGGAGUGUUCACUCUGGCCGAGGAGGACGACGAGGCGGAGGGUGCUCCCGGCAGCCCUGAACGGGAGCCCCCGGCCAUCCUGCUCCGCCGGGCCGGGGGCGAGGGCCGAGACCAGGGGCCCGACGGGGGCCUGGACCCGGAGCCCGGCUCCAACAGCGAUUCGACCCGUAGGCAGAGACGGCAGAACCGGUCGUCUUGGAUUGACCCGCCCGAGGAGGAACAUUCGCCCCAGCUCACCCAGGCGGAGCUGGAGAGCUGUAUGAAGAAGUACGAGGACACGUUCCAGGACUACCAGGAGAUGUUCGUGCAGUUCGGCUACGUAGUGCUCUUCUCAUCCGCCUUCCCCCUGGCGGCGCUGUGCGCCCUGGUCAACAACCUCAUUGAGAUCCGCAGCGACGCCUUCAAGCUGUGCACCGGGCUGCAGCGGCCCUUCGGCCAGCGCGUGGAGAGCAUCGGCCAGUGGCAGAAGGUGAUGGAGGCCAUGGGUGUCCUAGCGAUUGUGGUCAACUGCUACUUGAUCGGCCAGUGCGGGCAGCUGCAGCGCCUCUUCCCCUGGCUGAGCCCGGAGGCAGCCAUCGUGUCCGUGGUGGUGCUCGAGCACUUCGCUCUGCUCCUCAAGUACCUCAUCCACGUGGCCAUCCCCGAUAUCCCGGGCUGGGUGGCUGAGGAAAUGGCCAAGCUGGAGUACCAGCGCCGCGAGGCCUUUAAGAGACACGAGCGCCAGGCCCAGCAUCGCUACCAGCAGCAGCAGCGCAGGCGGCGGGAGGAGGAGGAGCGACAGCGCCAUGCAGAGCACCAUGCCCGGCGGGAGCAUGAUUCUGGUGGCCGGGAGGAGGCGAGGGCUGAGGGCUCUGGGCUGGACCCCGCCACCUCCUCCGAGAAGGCCUCUGCCAAGGCCAAGGGCAGCACUGCGGGUGGCCAUGGGCCUGAGCGGCCCAAACGCCCAGGGUCCCUGCUGGCACCCAACAACGUCAUGAAGUUGAAGCAGAUCAUCCCACUGCAGGGCAAAUUCCUCUCAUCGGGGGCCACAUCCUCACUGGCCGCUGCAGGGGCCGGAGCCACCGCCCGGCCUCCCCCUGCCCAGUCACCCACCGGCAGCGACACCCGCCUGCCCGCCUUUCUCAGCUUCAAGUUCCUCAAGUCACCCGAGACCCGGCGGGACUCUGAGCGCAGCCACUCGCCGCCCAAAGCCUUCCACGCCGGCAAGCUCUUCCCCUUUGGUGGCACCCGGGCUGAGCCUGGGUCCAACGGGGCGGGCGGGCAGGCCCGACCAGAUGGGACCCCCAGCGGUGGCGGCAGCCGGGUUCAGAGGAGUGGGCUGGUGGACGAGGCCAUGGCUGAGGAGCUGGAAGCCUCCCGGCCCGAAGAGGAAGGCUCAGGUCACAAGCUUUAACUCGGGGGUGGGGACGCCGGGCCGGCUUUGGGGGUAGGGUAGGGUGGCCAGGCCUGGGGAGAGGGGCUGAAGGGGACAGAGGAGGCCCGGUCUUGGGUCCUGGCAGGGACCUGGGUCAGUGGUACAUGCAGCCUCUCAGUUAAAGCCUGCUUCGUAUCUCCAGGGCCUUUGUUAGCCUAGAGCCCCGUGCCUGACCCUCCCCAGGGAGGGAUGCCAAAGCCGACCGCACCCAGGGACCCCCCACCAUGCUCCCCUGCCAGGAGAGAUGAGGGAGGCCCGCUUCCCAUCCAGCCCACCCUUCUGCUCCAGCUCACUCUGGGGGGGACUUGACCCCCCCCAGGCCUCUAUGCAAAUCCACACCCUGCAGCCCAGCUGUUCAGGAAGGACUUCCUCGGAGGUGGGGCUGGGGCUGCCCACCCAGGGAGCUCCCACAUGUGCUGAGCAGAGGUGCAGGCCUCACCCCUACCCUCCCACCUCCGCCACCUCCCUUGCCCCAAUCCCAGCCUGGGCUCUAGCAACCCCCUCCCCAGGGAGCCCAACAGGUGGCAGCUGCAGCACAAGGGCCAUAGGUCAGAAGCCAGAGGGACUUCCUCAAACUGUCCUCCCCCUGUGACCAGGAGGGGCCGUGCCCAGAGGCAGGGUAUGCAUCGGAAGCCGCCCAGGGGGCCGCCCCACCUCAGUCUCUGAUCAGAAGCAAUAAGGCCUUUAUGUGCCUGGAAGCCCGGGAGGGAGUGUGGGCAGGGUUGCCAGCCCGGCGGGGUCCAGCGGGGGCGGCAUCCCCCCGGAACGGCCCCUCUCGCCUCCGCAGGGACAGCGCUGGCCCCCGUGGGCGCCCCUGCCCUCCGCACCCGCCGCAGCCGGAGCCCCGCACCGCCGCCGCCAAUGCCGCUGCCCCGGCCCCUGACACCGCCCGCCGGCUGCUGGCAGUGGGACGGGCCCUGGGGCUGCGGGGGUGAGGGUGCCAUCCCCCGCCAGGCCCUGGCUGCUGCCGAGUGCCCGCCCUGUGCCAUGGCCGGGGCCCCACCCGCCCCCCAGCCUCUGCCGGGGGACGCCAGCUUUUACAGCCUCCCGCCCCCACCGCUGCCGCCCACCUCGGAGCCCCUCGAGACCCCGGCGCCCUCCCCUAGCCCCAGCCCCAGCCCCCAGGCCGUGUGCUGGCCCAGCGGCUGGCAUUAGCUCUGCCCGCCCUGCCUUCUCUUCUCAUAUGCAAUAUCCGUCAUUCACAGGGGCGGCCGGUCCCCAAAAUGCAAGACGCCUUCAGCCCCCAACGGACCCCAGCAUUGGCCGGCGCCCCACAUCUGCCGUUUUCCUUUCCAAAUGAAAGGAAACCCAUAAAACCAACAGAAAACACACACACACACACACACACACACACACACACAGAAUAGGCGAUUAUUUAUUUGUUUUUAAUUUAUUUUGUCAUAUUUUUGUAAAACGGCAGAAAUGCAAUAAAAACUAUAUUUCAACAGCGCCCGA